CGGCUUGGCGGCGCCUGGGCCGGCGGGAGGCUCAGCGCGGCGGCGGGUGCGGGGCCCCCACCCGCUAUCAUGCGCCCGGCCUUGGCCGUGGGGCUGGUCUUCAGCGGGUGCUGCAGCAACGUGGUUUUCCUGGAGCUCCUGGCCAGAGAGUUUCCAGGAUGCGGGAACAUCGUGACAUUUGCACAGUUCUUAUUUAUAGCAGUGGAAGGCUUUAUCUUUGAAGCCAACUUUGGAAGGAAGCGGCCAGCCAUCCCAAUAAGAUACUACCUGAUCAUGGUGGCCAUGUUCUUCACAGUCAGCGUAGUGAAUAACUACGCCCUGAAUCUAAACAUAGCCAUGCCACUGCACAUGAUCUUCAGAUCAGGCUCUCUGAUAGCGAGCAUGGUUCUAGGUGUCAUCAUUUUGAAAAAAAGAUACAGUGUGUCGAAAUACACAUCCAUAGCCCUGGUGUCCGUGGGGAUCUUUAUCUGCACUUUAAUGUCUGCAAAACAAGUGGCGUCUAAAUCCAGCUUAAGCGAAGAGGACGGACUCCACGUCUUCAUGUGGUGGCUGUUAGGCAUCGCGGCACUGACUUUCGCCCUGCUUAUGUCAGCCAGAAUGGGGAUCUUUCAAGAGACCAUCUACAAACAGUUUGGAAAGCAUUCCAAGGAGGCACUGUUUUACAAUCAUGCCCUGCCCCUCCCUGGCUUCCUCCUCCUCGCUCCGAACAUCUACACCCAUGCUGUUCUCUUCAGCCAGUCUGAGCCAUUCCAAGUCCCAGGGAUCGGGCUGACCUUGCCGAUCAUGUGGUUCUACCUCGUCAUGAACGUCAUCACUCAGUACGUGUGCAUUCGGGGAGUCUUCACCCUCACCACGGAGUGCACCUCCCUGACCGUCACCCUGGUGGUGACGCUGCGCAAGUUCGUCAGCCUCAUCUUCUCCAUCCUGUACUUCCAGAACCCCUUCACCACCUGGCACUGGCUGGGCACCCUCUUCGUCUUCGUGGGCACGCUGAUGUACACCGAGGUGUGGAACAGCCUGGGGCCUCUGCUGGCCAGGCACAGGACGGAGGCCAAGGAGGAGUAAAGGACUGUCUCCGCAAGGACCCUUUUUCCAUGGUUUUACAGGGCAGAGCCCCAGUUUCUGUACUAGAGAGGCGCUGCUGGCUGUGCCAAGCUGGUGGGGAGCGUGUAGCCUCCGCUGGGGAAGUGGACGAGUUUAGCGUCCGGCUCGCAGCCCCUUUCGUUUUAAAAUGGCCCUUUUAAAAUUUUUAAUACUGUAAAGGUAACAGGCCCGGCACUGGCCCCCUGCCUGUGGUGCUGUCGGCCCAUCCUCCCUCCCCGCCGGUCUGAUUUAACCCUUUGGCUGCCAUCCAUGGCCAUUCUCAUUACUGUACUCGCAGCCUGGUGCGCUCGAGCAGCACGGCAAGGGCUUGCGUCCUGCCCCGCCCGGUGGCGCUACUGCCCAGCGCGGCAUUGUAAAGUUCAGUCACAAAGCGUGGCUGCCGAGCCCUGGCUUCUGGGCAGCUGCAGCUACCGACUCUUCCCAAGUCCCCUGAUCCCUCUGUGAAAUCCUCUGCCGUUCCUGGCUCGUGGCUGGGAAUGAUGCGUUCUGCACCGCCGCCGAGCCUGCAGCGAAACACUCCAUUUGUGAUAGCGCGUCGUGGGCUCUUCGGUGAGCCCAGACUUGUGAGAGGGACUUUUAAAAGGUCGAUCACACUGGUGUCCUCGUCUCUUGCUUCAUUGAGACACUGAAGUAUGUAAGAUCAGGGCUUGACUCAGUUUCUCUUUGCAGGUCACCUUUUAAAGCGCAGGUGACAAAUGGCACCAGAGGACUCCAUCCUUGUCAGCUGGCCGGUUCCCAGGUUACUUUUCCCCUCCUAAUUGCUAGUGUAGUUAAGCCAGCCCUGAGCCAAAGAACCCAGCUGGACCAGAAAGGUUCUGCAGGCCAAAUUAGACACCCGGUGACUCCUAGCAACCCCAGAGUCCAGUGGGUUUGUUGAGAUGAGACUGAUUAGAAUUUAGACUAUUCUACUGGAGCACAAGAUGCAAUAGCCAAGAGGGAGCUGGAGGCUGUCGGCUCUGCAUGGCUCAGAGUAGAGGCUUUGUUUGUGUUACUGAACGCAGCCAGGGAACAGAUCUCUCCAGUCAGAAGGUGCCUCUUUCACAUUCCCUUUGCAGAGGAGAACAACCCUGUUGAGUGAUGUGCCCAGUGAAAUUACAGAUGUUUCCCCCGAAGGGCUCAGAGGCAGUCAACCACAUUGAAGGCCUUUGCAUGGUUGACUAUCCCCUAAAUCCCAUGGUGAAGUUACUGCUCAGGUCUAACAUGGCACUUUCCCUAUGGUCACCACUCUUUACCCCUGUGCUGCUGCUGCUGCUUGAGCCUCUGAAUCAACCAGCUGUGGCGCUCCUGUGACAUCAGGUCCAUAAAGAUGGCUUCCCCUUAACAUCCUGCUAAAUGACAUUGCAAGAUCUAGCAGCCAACCUUUCCGAUCCUCACUUCGAUUUGGGUGUGCCAGUUCUACCCACCUGUGUUAGGAUUUAUACAUCCAGGCCCCGUGUGAGGGUUUGGCUGCAAGCGCACAGACCUGUUCUGUGCAUUGUGGUAGACCUGGCCAGCAGUGUUCAGGAAUGAGCUUACACAGGGCUUGUAGCAAUAGAGAAUUAAUAGUGGCAGGUCUGUGUUGUCCUUUCUAGGCGCAAGGAGGAAAGAUAAAUGUGCAGUAACAAACCCACAAGUGAGUACCUGCUGGGACUCUGCUAAUGGGUGAAAGGGAAGAGGCAUAAACCGAUCUGAAUACAAAGCCAAGAUGUUCCUGUAUUAGAUUACAUGCACUGCCCUCAAGCAGCUAGCCCAGCAUCUGACUAGAAUAAGACGUGAUAGCAGAAGAGCGAAAGCCAUCAGAAGUAGCUCUGAUGGUGGCAGCCUUCAGCGGUCUCAGCAGAGAACAAGGA